UGAAACAUGAAAAGCUACGUUAUAAGUAGUCAUCCUCCUGUUAGCUUUCAGCCACAAUCCACGGUGCGCUCCUUUUCCUGAGGAACAAAUUGAGAAGCAUAGCUAGAUAGCAAGCAAAUCAUGCUUCCACACCUUCUCUUUUCCGCUUUCCUUUUCUUGAAUACAUAUUUCUUCCGAUUUGGGGUCGCCCAAACUUGCCCCCGCCCUCCAACAUGCCCUACAAUCUCACCACCGCCACGCCCUACUAGAACCGUUUCUUAUGUUCGUCCACGUCCACCGCUAUACAAUCCUUCACUUAAUCUCUUGCCUCGCCAACCAAAUAACAAUCCAGGUCCCCUAGCCAAUCGAGCCAGGAUUCUUGCCAUUACCCAAGAACUUAAAAGAAACAUUACCUUUGACCCACAAAACUACACCGGAACUUGGGUUGGCAACAACUAUUGUCUCUUCAAAGGGUUCUUAUGUGACACUGUGCCAGACAGGAACAUAACUGGACUAGCAGGUAUUGAUUUCAAUGGCGCGAGGUUUCGUGGUAACUUGAAUUUUUAUCGUUUCAUUGCAAAUUUGCCUGACAUUGCUAUCUUUCAUGCCAAUUCAAACAACUUUAGUGGGGUCAUCAAUCGAGGCCUCAGAGGGUUACGUUACUUUUAUGAAAUCGACUUGAGUAACAACAAAUUCAUGGGAGGAUUCCCGUCAAACGUUCUUGGUGCCACAAACUUAUCCUUUGUUGAUCUUCGUUUCAACAACUACCUGGGUUCUGUCCCUCGUAGUUUGUUCAAUUUCGACACAGAUGUACUUUUCAUCAACAACAAUGUGUUUUCUCAAACAAUCCCUACCGAUUUUGGCAACACACCAGCACUUUAUCUUACCCUUGCAAACAACAACUUCACGGGUACGAUCCCGCGAAGCAUAGGUGCAGCCUCGGACACCAUGACUGAGGUCCUGUUCUUAGGCAACAAGCUAUCUGGUUGCCUACCUUUUGAAAUUGGGUAUUUAAACAGAUCGACGGUGUUCGAUGUUGGAUCCAAUCGGUUAACAGGUCCAAUUCCACAGUCAUUUGGUUGCUUGGCAAAGUUGCAGCUACUUAACAUGGCUCAUAACAAAUUCUACGGGUCAGUACCAGAGGUUCUAUGUAGGCUUCCAAAUGCAUUCAAUUUCACUUUGUCAAAUAAUUACUUCACCCAAGUAGGCCCACAAUGCAGAAGGUUAAUCAGGUUAAGGAGGCUUAACGUCAACAGGAAUUGUAUAAUGGGGCUUCCAUUCCAAAGAUCGGCAGCCGAUUGUGCAAGUUUCUUUUCAAGACCUAGGACUUGUGCACGGGAGAGCACGUUCAAUAUCAUUCCAUGUAGGCUACCGGCGGCUUCAUUGAGAACCCGAACCGUUUCUCAAGAAGAUGAAGUGCCGCCAACUCCCAAAAGCUAUAAUGCGCUUGUGAAGCCUCCACAUUAAAGAAAUUGGACUGUCUAAAUUCACUUGCUGGGCUGCAUGUGUGCAUUAUUCUAAUCAGAAUAAGAUAUGAUAAUGCAGGCGUCUUUUAUCAUAUGUUUGUACUUUUGUAUUAGUAUUAAUUACUAGUUUAUGCUUGUUUUAAGCGAUGAUUAUGUACUGUGGUUAAUUACAGGGGAUUAUGAUUGCAGGGAACCGAUCUUUUCUGUCAUUGUCAUUGUCAUUGUCUUUGUAUCUUUUUUUUUAUUUGGUUUUCUUUCUCCUUUUUUGUUGAAAGUGAUCUCUGUAGUUAACUAAGUAUUGUGCAGGAAAUUGGUGUUCCAUGGAUGUUGUAUAGCAGUGGAUUUCUUUUAAGUUUUAUGGUUGCUAUCAUACUUUCCCAUUUUAGAAAAAAAAAUAAUAAAUGGCAUCAUUUUGUACAAGAAAGGUAAGCAUUUCGAAUGGGCCAACACCCAAAGAAAAGAAUGGGCCAAUUUAUUGAACUGACUAUGAUAUUUUUGGCAGUGGGCUUGGCUACGAUGAUCUAAUUAAUAUCAGGGAAACAAUCCAUUCCGGCUGCCACUCCACAUAGCUUUUGUGCGAGAACUCGACAUCACUUUCAAUAUUUAUUGGCUUAGUGUGACAUCUUUUCAUUUAACUUGAGUGCUAGUAAUGAUUCAAUGUUGGGAACGGGAAAGGAAUCACUAGUAACUUCUAUGCUGUAACAGUUUUUAAGGGAUUUUCAAUGAACAAUAACAGUCCGCUUUGUUGAUUACUAAUGGUAUUUUGAUUGUCUAGAAAGCAAGAAAGUGAGGAAGAAAUAACAGACUUUUUCUGUAUGAGAUGUUAUUAUGAAAAAGAACAUAAAGACAAUUUCAAACAGAAAACUGAUUUUUUUUUUUUGUUU